UCCAGCUUAAACUUACACACCAUGGCUCAUUUUCAAUAUCUUAACAUCAUUGAGACCAGUCACAUCUCUCCCUUGAAGGGCACCGUUCCAUCCACCACUCUUCCUCUCACCUUUUUUGAUGCACCGUGGCUCACUCUCCCACUCGGCGAAUCUCUCUUCUUCUAUUCUUACCAAAACUCAACUGAAUGUUUCCUCAAAGAUUACCUCCCUAACCUCAAACAAUCACUUUCCACCACUCUCCAACAUUUCUUCCCUUACGCCGGUAACCUGAUCACCCCACCUCGUCCUGACCCUCCCUACUUACGCUACAACAACGAUGGCCAAGACUCUCUUCUUUUCACAGUAGCUGAGUCUCUCGGAACUGAUUUCGACCUUCUCAUAACCGAUUCUCCUAAAGACAUCAAAGUGUUGCAUGACUUCUUGCCCAAGUUACCUCCUCCUCAUGUAUCUCCGGAAGGUAUUCAGACACGGCCAAUGAUGGUGAUACAAGUCACAAUCUUCCCUGGAAGAGGAAUCUGCAUAGGCAACACGUCUUCACAUGUUGCAGCAGAUGGAGUCGCUUUCACUCAUUUCAUGAAGUAUUGGAUGUCAUUGACCAAAUCCAACGGCAGAGAUCCCGCCACGCUUCUCCUACCCUCUCUUCCUACUCACAGCUGCAGAAACAUUAUCAAGGAUCCAUGCCAAGUAACCGCAGGACAUCUGGAGCGGUUUUGGAGCCAAAACUCUGGAAAACACAACUCACAUCCCACGCCUGAGAACAUGGUCAGAGCUUCUUUUACAAUGAGCCGGAAUCAGGUAGACAAUCUCAAGAGCUGGGUUACAGAGCAGUCUGAGGAUCAAUCUCCUGUUUCGACCUUUGCGGUGACUCUAGCUUUCACCUGGGUGAACCUGAUCAAGACACUUGUUCAAGACAGCAGUGAAACAGAGGAAGACAAAGAAGAAGAAGAAGAAGAAGAAGAAGAAGAAGAAGAAGAAGUCUUCAACGUGAUGAUUAAUGUGGAUUGCAGGAAUCGUAUCAAGUUCACAGUACCGAUCCCAGAUACAUACUUUGGAAACUGUAUGGCCCCUGGUAUCGUAUCUGUCAAGAAACGAGACUUGCUUGGAGAAAAAGGAUUCUUGGUUGCUUCAGACGCAAUCACCUGGAGAAUCAAAGAGAUGUUAUCAAGCGAUUUGUUGAAAACAGCACCAAGUUGGGGACAAGGAGUACGUAAAUGGGUCAUGUCACGUUUUCCAACUUCCAUUGCAGGAGCUCCUAAACUAGGACUAUAUGAUAUGGAUUUUGGGUUAGGGAAGCCUUGCAAAAUGGAGUUGGUGCACAUUGAAACUGGUGGUUCCAUUGCCUUCUCCGAGUCAAGAGAUGGGAGUAACGGAGUUGAUAUUGGAUUAGCACUAGAGAAGAAGAAAAUGGGUACCUUUAUUUCGAUUUGGCAACAAGGGAUCAAGAAAUUCAACAAGUACCAUGAAUGAUACAAGCAACUUCGCUAUCUCUGUUUCAUAAAAUAUCAUAGACCCCUUUUCAAACCAUUAUCGAAAUAAAUAUGAUUAGCUACUUUCCACCAAUGUUAUCGAAUAGAGUGUUGCCUUGUGAAUCUGUGAUUAUAUUUUCAUCCUCU